GCUGACGAGAGUAACAAACAGAGUGAAAGUAACUCAAACCUCGCAGGUCAAGAUGAAGACAUUCAGUGUUGCAGUUGUCGUAGCCAUGAUGCUGGCUUUUAUUUGUAUCCAGGAGAGCUCUGCUGUCCCACUCACUGAGGUUGAAGAACUGGAGGAGCCAAUGAGCAAUGACAAUCCAGUUGCUGAACAUCCAGAGAUCUCAUUGGACUCUUGGAUGAUGCCGUACAUCAACAGACAGAAGCGUUCCUUUAAAUGUAAAGUUUGCUGUGGCUGCUGCCGGCCUGGUGUCUGUGGACUGUGCUGCAGAUUCUGAGGAUUCCUGCUUCAAUAAACACUUCAUCUCCAUUUGUUUGUUCUGUACUUGUGUCUAGAUUUCAGACAAGAUAUCCAGUCACGCGUAAUAAAACAAUAAACGCAUUAUUAUUGUAUCAGAAUUUGUAACUUGUGUUUCUUUAAUAAUACCAUCAGUGCUCUCUGCAGAGAAGGAUGUGCAAAGAUUCAACAAACAUGCAAGGAAUUACAAAAAUAACAAAUCCUGGUAUGCAAUUAAAAAAUAACUUGUGUUUAUAUCUAUUAAUAUUUAAGUAUUUCUUUGGGAUUUGUCUAAUGGCUAGUGAGCUUGAAAAAUAGAUGUGAAAUGGUUGGUCUCCAAUAUACUGUAUAUCAAGACAUAAAUUAAAAUGUACUGUCAGUAAAUUAAAA